AUGCCCAAACGAACAUCUCAAGACAUUCUUGUGAUUAAUCUGGCCGUCGGUGACGCUCUGUUUUCGGUCAUCAAUGGCUUUAUGCUGAAAACGUUGUCUGGCUUCGCAACCCAUUGGGUUUGGGUACCGUUCGCCUGUUCCUUCUACGGUUUCACCGGUGGCUUAUUCGGAUUUGUCUCUCUUGCCUCUAUGACAUUCAUCGCCAUCGAGCGGUAUUACGGUGCGUUACGUAUGACUCCUUACUUGAUUACCAAAAAGCGAGCCCUGUGGAUCAUUCCCUGCAUUUGGAUCUGGUCAGCCACGUGGCCUUCAUUGCCAUACUUUGGAAUCGGUGGGUUUUUUAUCCGUGUUCGUCCAACUGACAGAUCAAUUGACAGCCUAGAACUUUUUCUUCGUCGUUGGGUACUUGAAGGAUUUCAAACAUCGUGCACUUUUGACUACAUCUCACGUGACACACCCAACCUGGUAUUCACAACAUGCUUGUUCGUUUUGGGAUUUCUCAUCCCUGUUACGGCAACUCUGCUCGCCUAUUCGGCUGUUUACUGGCUACUUCACCGCACUAGUGACGAACUGCGUCAGGUUAACCGUUGUGAAGGUGACAGCAAACGUUUAACCUACACCAGAGGUUAUAGCAUACGUCAGAUGCGUCUGGCAAAAGCCUCCUUUGCAGCCUUUAUUUUGUUCGUUGCAUCAUGGGGACCGUAUGCGACCGUCGCGUUUAUAUCCAUAAUGGGAUUUCAAAAUCAUCUUACCACGUUCUCUACGGAACUUCCCGGACUGUUUGCUAAGACAUCGGCCAUCUACAAUCCGUUUCUGUUCGCCACAAAGGAUAGGAAAUUUCGCCGGGUGGUUGCGUUGCACUUUCCGUUGUUACAGCGUUAUCUGUUCAAUGGACAUAAUUCUUCAUACAGAGAAAAUCGGACUAAAAUUCAUUUCGCCACCGCUAGCCAAUCAUCUACCUCAACUGGCAAAGAAGCUGGCACCAUUGGCGAUGACUUUGUUGCUCUGGACCGCUUCGGACCGCAUUUCAAUGAUGUCUCGAACAAUUUCGACUCC